GAGCCCGCGUCACAUCAUUCCUUUAUAGCUGGAGGUUACGUGCGUGUUCAUUAACUCAGCUGGUGGAAAUCAGAGCGGUGAUUAAUCCUCCACUCAGAGUGAGUGACAUCAUGGAGAACAAAGACCCUCCCUCACCUGGAGAAGCUCCGUCUGGCUCCUCUUUCCUCAGAGCUGUGGGGCUGAUCACCGGAGACAUGAGGCUCUGUGGGGAGUGGGUCAAAAGACAGGUGCUGGUGGUCCAGCUGCUGGACUGGGUUCUGAGAGGCGUGGCUCAGGUGAUGUUUGUGAACAACCCGGUCAGCGGUCUCCUCAUCGUGGGCGGACUCUUCUUGCAGAACCCGUGGUGGGCUCUGAACGCUCUGAUCGGCACCUUCAUCUCCACAGUAUCUGCUCUGCUGCUGGGACAAAACAGGUCCAAAUGGGGGGCCGUCUCUGCAGGUCUGCACGGCUACAAUGGCACGUUGGUGGGCAUGCUGAUGGCUGUUUUCUCUGCAAAGGGGAGCUGGUACUGGUGGCUUCUGCUGCCAAAUGUGUUCAUGUGCAUGUUGUGCCCGGUGGUCUCCAGUGCUUUGUCCUCAGUGGCCGGUAAAUGGGACCUCCCAAUCUUCACCCUGCCCUUCAACAUCCUGCUGUGUCUCCAUGUGGCAGCGACAGGAGGAAACCACCCCUACUUCCCUCAGGUGGAUUUCAAGCCAAAUGACCAUCUGCUCGCUCUGAACGAGUCCGUGCAGAGCCUGGAUAUCUCUCAGCUCUUCUUCUCGGUGCCAGUGGGAGUGGGCCAGGUGUACGGCUGCAGCAGUCCGUGGACAGGAGGUGUGUUCCUGCUGGCUCUGCUGCUCUGCUCUCCAACAAUCUGCCUCCACGCUGUGUGCGGCUCUGCUGCCGGCACGCUGUCGGGGGUCUUCUAUGUCCUCACGUGGCAGACACACCUCCUGGCUGUAUUCUGUGCAUUGUUCUGCGCUUACAUGACUGGAGCGGUGUCACAACUCAUGUCUGUGCUGGCGUUACCCGCCUGCACGUGGCCGUUCUGCCUCUCGACCCUCAUCUUCCUCCUCAUCUCCUCUGAGAUCCGGGCCGUGUGCAGACUGCCUCUCUCUGCGGUCUCUCACCCCGAGGAGAACUGGAGACGGUUAAAGGAGAAGGAGAAAUCUGAGCAGAGCCGAGGAGAGGGAGAACGGAGGAACAAACGCCACGAUGGUGGUGGAUCUGACCCCCCUGUGUGAUCUUUAUUCGGAUCCCCAUUAGCACUAAAGCAUGAGCAUUGGCUCUGGGG